AUGGCGCUGAAGAUGGUGAAGGGCAGCAUCGACCGAAUGUUUGACAAGAACCUGCAGGACCUGGUGCGCGGAAUCCGCAACCACAAGGAGGACGAGGCAAAGUACAUCUCGCAGUGCAUCGAUGAGAUCAAGCAGGAGCUGAAGCAGGACAACAUCGCGGUGAAGGCCAACGCCGUCUGCAAGCUCACCUAUUUACAGAUGCUGGGCUACGACAUCAGCUGGGCUGCUUUCAACAUCAUUGAAGUCAUGAGUGCCUCCAAGUUUACAUUCAAACGCAUUGGGUACCUGGCUGCCUCUCAGUGCUUCCAUGAGGGAACUGAUGUCAUCAUGUUGACUACCAACCAGAUCCGAAAGGAUCUGAGUAGCCCUAACCAGUAUGAUACUGGAGUUGCACUGACUGGCUUGUCCUGUUUUGUUACUCCAGAUCUUGCCAGGGACUUGGCAAAUGACAUCAUGACACUGAUGUCCCACACCAAGCCCUACAUCAGGAAGAAGGCAGUGCUCAUCAUGUACAAGGUGUUUCUGAAGUACCCAGAGUCCCUCCGGCCUGCGUUCCCUCGCCUCAAGGAGAAGCUUGAAGAUCCAGAUCCUGGUGUCCAGUCUGCUGCAGUCAAUGUCAUCUGUGAGCUGGCCCGGCGCAACCCCAAGAACUACCUUUCCCUUGCUCCUCUCUUCUUCAAGUUGAUGACAUCAUCAACCAACAAUUGGGUUCUCAUUAAAAUUAUCAAACUGUUUGGUGCUCUUACUCCAUUGGAACCUAGGCUGGGGAAGAAACUGAUAGAGCCUCUGACCAACCUCAUCCAUAGCACCUCAGCCAUGUCUCUCUUGUAUGAAUGUGUGAACACAGUCAUAGCAGUGUUGAUCUCUCUGUCCUCUGGGAUGCCGAAUCACAGCGCCAGCAUCCAGCUUUGUGUUCAGAAGUUAAGGAUCCUGAUAGAAGAUUCAGACCAGAACUUGAAGUACCUGGGGCUGCUGGCUAUGUCCAAGAUCCUGAAGACACAUCCCAAGUCAGUGCAGUCUCACAAGGACCUCAUCCUGCAGUGUCUGGAUGACAAAGAUGAGUCCAUCCGGCUCAGAGCUCUGGACUUGCUCUAUGGCAUGGUAUCCAAGAAGAACCUGAUGGAGAUAGUGAAGAAGCUGAUGAUCCACGUGGAUAAGGCAGAGGGCACGACGUACCGGGACGAGCUGCUGACCAAGAUCAUAGACAUCUGCAGCCAGUCCAACUACCAAUACAUCACCAACUUUGAAUGGUACAUCAGCAUCCUGGUGGAGCUGACCCGCCUGGAGGGCACGCGGCACGGGCACCUGAUAGCAGCCCAGAUGCUGGAUGUGGCCAUCAGAGUCAAAGCUAUCCGGAAGUUUGCAGUGUCUCAGAUGGCCAUGCUGCUGGACAAUGCUCACCUCAUAGCCAGCAACACCCAGAGGAAUGGCAUCUGUGAGGUGCUCUAUGCUGCUGCCUGGAUAUGUGGGGAGUUCUCUGAGCACCUCGAGGAAGCAAACCAAACCUUAGAAGCAAUGUUGAGGCCUAAAGUGACAACUCUGCCAGGCCACAUCCAGGCAGUUUAUGUCCAGAACAUGGUGAAACUCUAUGCCUCCAUCCUGCAGCAGAAAGAGCAGGCAGGGGAGAAGGAAGCAGCUCAGGAAAUCACCCAGCUGAUGAUCGAGCGCUUGCCUCAGUUUGUGCAGAGUGCAGAUCUGGAAGUUCAGGAGAGGGCUUCUUGCAUCUUGCAACUAAUCAAAUACAUUCAGAAGCUACAAAUCAAAGAAGUCCCUGUAGCUGAGGAAGUCAUAGCUCUGUUUGCUGGUGAGCUCAACCCUGUGGCUCCUAAAGCACAGAAGAAAGUCCCAGUUCCAGAGGGCUUGGACCUCGAUGCCUGGAUCAAUGAACCUCCAUCAGACAGCGAGUCUGAAGAUGAAAAGCCCAAAACAAUCUUCCAUGAUGAGGAACAGAGGCAUUCCAGGCACAGACAGCCAGAAAUAGAUGAGGAGGAACUGGCCAGACGGCGAGAGGCCCGGAAGCAGGAGCAGGCCAACAACCCAUUCUACAUUAAAAGCUCUCCUUCCCCUCAGAAGCGGUACCAAGACACUCCAGGUGUGGAACACAUCCCUGUGGUCCAGAUUGACCUCUCUGUCCCCUUGAAAGUUCCAGGAAUGCCCAUGUCUGACCAGUAUGUGAAGCUGGAAGAGGAGCGAAGGCACAAGCAGAAGCUGGAGAAAGACAAGAAGAAGAAAAAGCAGAAGAAGGAGAAGAGAGGCAAACACCAUCGGCACAACUCCCUGCAGACAGAGAGCGAGGAGGACAUCGCCCCUGCGCACCGCGUCGACAUCAUCACCGAGGAGAUGCCAGAGAAUGCUUUGCCCAGUGAUGAAGAUGACAAAGAUCCCAAUGAUCCCUACAAGGCACUGGAUAUAGACCUGGAUAAACCCUUAGCAGACAGUGAGAAGCUGCCAGUGCAGAGACACAGAAAUGUUGAGGCCCUGAAGUCACCAGACUCAGAAGCUCCUCUGGUAGAGAAGAAGAGCAAGAAACCCAAAAAGAAGGAGAAGAAACACAAAGAUAAAGAGAGAGAAAAAGACAAAGGAAAGAAGAAAGAGAAAGAAAAAAAGGUGGUGGAGGAAGAAGAGGAGAAAAAGGGAGAAGAUUUGGAUUUCUGGCUCUCCACUGCUCCACCACCUGCUUCCAGUACCCAGCCACAGGGAGAGCCUGAAACAAGUGCUGCAGUGGUUGCUGAACCUCAAGAGGUGAAAAAGGAAGAAAGGGAAGAGCAAGAAGAGGAGGAGGAUGAUGAAGGAAAGAAAUCCUCCAAGCAUAAGAAGAAAAAGCACAAGAAAGAGAAAGAGGAGAAAUCAAAGGAUAAAAAGAAAUCCAAGAAGAAAAGUCACCAGAACAAGGAGGAGACUGCAGAGUCGGUGCAGAAUGGAACACUAGAGGAUGAGCCACUACCACCCAUGUCCAGCUACCGCCUGCUGGCUGAGAACCCAUACAUCAAAAUGACCUACGACAUCCAAGGGAACCUGCAGCACGACAGCCAAGUGACUGUCUCAGUUAUCUUUGAGAACAAAAGCUCCAGUUUCCUCAAGAGCAUGGAGCUCAACGUCCUGGACUCUCUCAACACUAAAAUGCUCCGACCUGAAGGAUCAUCAGUGCACGAUGGGAUACCUGUGCCCUUCCAGCUACCCCCUGGAAUCUCUAAUGAAGCCCAGUUUGUGUUUACACUUCAGAGUAUUGUUAUGGCUCAGAAGUUGAAAGGAACCCUGUCCUUUAUAGUCAAAAAUGAUGAAGGUUCAACCCAUGACAAACUAGAUUUCAAAUUGCACUUCAGUUGCGCCUCAUACUUGAUCACGACGCCUUGCUAUAGCGAUGCUUUUGCCAAGCUCCUAGAGUCUGGAGAUCUGCACAUGAGCUCUAUUAAAGUAGAUGGAAUUAGCAUUUCCUUCCAGCAUCUACUGGCAAAGAUCUGUUUUCAUCAUCAUUUUUCAGUGGUGGAGCGUGUCGACUCCUGCGCCUCCAUGUACAGCCGCUCCAUCCAGGGCCACCACGUCUGCCUGCUGGUCAAAAAGGGAGAGAACUCCAUAUCCAUAGAUGGGAAAUGCAAUGAUUCCACCCUGCUUAGCAACUUGUUGGAUGAGAUGAAAGAGACAUUGUCCAAGUGCUGAAUAUUCCUUCUCCAGUAUUCCAAGACCCACACCUGAGAUGUAAAGAUGAGCAGACCCAAGUGUUAAGUUCUCCCUGGUCCGCAUGUUCUCCCCUGGGGCUCCUGCUGCUUUUCAGUUCCCUCCACCACUCUUGGCCCUUUAGACAUUCUAAAGCUGGAUGUUUCCCCUUUUUAUUUUGGUUUCUUUUGUUGAUUUCCACCCUUUUUACAAGCUGUGGUGUUAACCCUUUCUAGCCCAAAGAGAUCCUGGUGAUGUGAC